GUUUGCAAAAAACACCACCAACUAGUUGCCCUAGAAAAGCGCUGUGUGGUUUUUCACUAUCCUAAAUAAGUUUAACAUCACCAUGGAAGAAAAUAGAAGCGGAAACGAAGAUUACAACUAUACCCAGGGCAAGUUCAUGUCAAAUGUUUCCGCUGGAGAAGAAAUAUUGAUUACAGGUUUGGCAGGAACGUUUCCUAAUUCACAUGAUGUAUAUGAAUUUCAAGAAAAUUUAUUCAACAAAGUCAACAUGGUACAACCAACUAUACGUUGGGAUUUUAAACAUCCACAAAUACCUGAAUGUUCUGGUACUAUCCCCGUGGUUGAUAAAUAUGAUGCAGGGUUUUUCGGUAUUCAUCAAAAUCAAAGUGAGGCACAGGACAUAUUGAGUAGAAAACUUAUUGAAAAAUCCGUUGAAGCCAUUUUCGAUGCUGGAUUAAAUCUCGAAGAUUUAAAAAACACAAAUUCCGGUGUUUACGUUGGAACUUGUUUUAGUGAAACGGAAGUAAAUAAUAUGUAUUGUGAAGUGAAAUAUCGAAAAGAUGCAUUUUCUGGAUGUACUCGAUCCUCUAUAGCUCACAGAAUCAGUUAUUUUUUAAAACUAAAAGGUCCAUCAUUCAUAGCAGAUACUGCUUGUAGCAGUUCACUUUCCGCAUUAGAAAACGCUUUUAGAGAUCUGAGACUGGGAGUAGUUGAUACCGCUAUUAUAUGUGGAGCCAAUAUGUGUUUUCAUCCAUUAGUAUCAUUGCAAUUUUCCAGGUUAGGUGUAUUGAGUCUGGACGGUACCUGUAAAGUAUUUGAUGCAGCAGGCGAUGGCUAUGCUAGGUCUGAAACAAUGUGUGCAAUAAUUGUUCAAAAAAGGAAAGUGGCGAAAAGAAAUUACGGACAAAUUGUUUAUGUCAAAACCAACUGUGAUGGAUUUAAAGAAACUGGUAUUACGUAUCCUUCUGGAGAGGUACAGAAAGAUCUCCUGACAGAAUUCUACAGGGACUCCGGAAUAAACCCUGCUGAUCUUAGCUUCUUAGAAGCUCAUGGAACAGGUACUUUCGUUGGAGACCCUGAAGAAUGUACAAGUAUCGACGAAGUUCUUGGAAAAUGUAGAAAAGAUCCAUUAUUAAUUGGUUCUGUAAAAUCGAAUAUAGGACACUCUGAACCAGCUUCUGGAUUAUGUUCUAUUACGAAAUGUAUAAUCGGUUUUGAAACUGGUUACAUUCCCCCUAAUAUUCACUUCACAACUCCUCGAGAAUCUCUUAUUGGAAUUAUUGAAGGACGACUCAAAGUGGUCACAGAGAAAAUGCCAAUAAAGGAUAACAAAGGAUUGAUCGGUAUCAAUAGUUUUGGUUUUGGUGGAGGCAAUUGCCAUGUUUUGAUAAAAGCUAAUGACAAACAAAAAAUUGAUAAGGGCAUUCCGAAAGAUGAUAUACCACGAUUAAUAUGUGUUAGCGGACGAACACUCCAUUCGAUUACAUAUCUUUUGGAUGAAUUGAAAUCUAAUACUUUAGAUGCUGAACAUGUUAGACUAAUACAUGAUGUUUUCAGAACAAAUAUCCCCAAUCACAUUUAUAGAGGUUAUUCGAUAGUAUCGAAAUCAGGAGAAUUAUGCAGAUUCAUUCAAACGAUUUCCGUUACUAAGGCUCAAUUAUACUUUGUUUUUGGUGAAUUUAGCGAAUGGUUUGAAGCCGGAAGAAAAUUACAACUAAUAUCUAGUUUUACCAAGUCCAUAGACAAAUUACAAAAAUUGUUACUUUCGAAAGGUGUCGAUGUUCAUAAAACACUUUUCGAUAAUUAUGCCGACAGAUCUAAAAAUCAAGUUUUGGGAAGUAUUUUAGUUCAAAUUGGACUUUUAGCUAUUUUCGAAGAUUUGGAUAUCAAGCCAACCAACUAUUUUGGAUAUUCUUAUGGCGAAUUGCUUGCUGCUUACUCCAAUGGUAUAAUAACAAUAGAACAGACUAUUGAAUGUGCAUUAGUAAUCAAUGAUGUUGUUGAUACAACCAUUAACUCGCACGUAUCAAUGGAAGCGAAGAAAACAGUUAACGGUAAUUCAGAAAAUGGUGCAAACUUGGAUAAGUUCAGAUCAAGUUUCAUAUCAAACGAAUGUCUACCAAUUAAAAAUCAACUAUUGGCUAACUUAUCCAGUAUCCUAAAAAAAUUACAAAUUGGGAAACCUGGUAAAAAGAUCGAAUUAGCUGAGUAUUUGGUGAACGCCUUGUCGCAAAAAUCUUUUGAUAAAAUCGAUAACAUCGAAAAAAAUUCUACAGUAAUUACAAUAGGUUAUAUUCCAAAUCUCGAAUCAAAUAUGGAAGAUAUCAAGAUAAUUCCAAUGGUUCCACCGGAAGAUAUUAAUUUAUUAGAAGGAUUUUUAAGAACAACUGGAAACUUAUACAUAAACGGCUACAAUCCUCAAGUAGCAAAAUUAUAUCCAGAAAUCAACUUCCCAGUAAGCAAGGGAACCAGAAUGAUAUCACCAUUCAUUAAAUGGAAACAUGAGCGAACUUGGUUCGUACCUUUAUAUAACUUAGAAAAUCUUAAAUUAGGUGAAAUUUGGAGUCGAUUACUUAUAGUUCAACUUGACGACCAACAAUUUAAUUUUAUCGAGGGACAUACCAUUGAUGGAAGAAUCUUAUUUCCCGCUACUGGCUACUUAUAUAUUGUAUGGGAAACUUUAUCAAUGAUAAAAGACAUAUCAUUAACAACCAUGCAACAUAUAGUAUUCGAGGAUGUCAGAUUUUUAAGGGCUACAACACUAUCCCUUAAAGGACAUUGUGUAUUCGAAAUUAUUAUCAAUAAAAUCUCUGGUAAAUUUGAAAUAAUUGAAGGUGGUUCUCUAGUGGUCACAGGAAAACUGUUUGCAAAAAGUGUUGAGUGUGAACCUAUCAAUGUGUUAACUGAUAUUCCUUCUGAUCCAAAUAAAUUGACGUCGAAGGAUAUUUAUAAAGAAUUCCGUCUUAGAGGAUACAACUAUUCGGGAGAAUUCAGAAGCAUACAAGAAUUCAAUCCAGAAUAUAACGUGGGUUUGAUAAAAUGGAAAGAUAAUUGGAUUGCAUUUAUGGACAACAUGCUGCAAAUGAAUAUUUUCCAAUCAGACACGAGAUUGCUGUAUGUGCCCACUUACAUAUCGCAAAUGAUUAUACCUGUCAAAUCUCAUUUGGAAUGGGUGACAAAGAAUUUUCUGGAGAAACAGAAGGAGCCUCUUCUUCCAGUUUCCUGUGAUCCAAUAUCGAAGGAUGUAAGAUGUGGAGGUAUGGUAAUCAAAGGUCUAAUUGCCAAUUCAAUACCCAGAAGGAAAGAUCUAGGAAUACCAGUUUUGGAAAAGUAUCAAUUUGUUCCCAACGUAACUACUCUCACACUAGAUGAAUCGAUUAGAAUAAAUAUGCAAAUUUUCCUUGAAAAUAAUAUAAUAAAUAAAGUCAAGUGUGUCGAGUUAAUUGAUGAAUUCACAAAAGAUAGCUCCACAAUAAUUCCAAUUAUUCAAGCCGCUUUUGAAGAUCAGCCACUUAUUCAACCUUCAGUAAAAAUACUAACAAAGAAUCCAUUACAAGAUAUUGAAGGGAAUAUUCCAAUAGAAGAUAAAGAACUGCAUACCGAAACUGAUUGUAAUUUGAUUGUCGGUUCUCGGCUAUUAGAAAGAUCAACGGUACUCAAAAUGGCUUAUGAAUCUUUAAAAGUAAACAGCUUUCUGGUAUCUCGAGAACCUGAACAAUUGGAUAUUGAUAUAUUUACAACAAAAGUGAAUGAUUUUACAAUAUUCACAAUCCACAAGACUCCUGAAGAGACUAUAGUUCUCUUAAAGAAAUGCUCAAAAACCAGAGAUGUUUUUGCUUUAGACGUAUCUUCUUCAGAAGAAUUGGAUUGGGUUCAAUCAUUGCAAGAUAUAAUAAAGAAACACAAAAGUGACAAUGUAGUAUUAUACACUCAAAAUCCUCUAAGCGGAAUUCUGGGAUUUGUCAACUGUAUUAGAAGAGAACCGGAAACUUCUUAUAUAAGAGCGCUGUUUGUUAUGGAUGAUGCUGAAGAGUUUAAUAAAAAUAGUCCGUUUUAUAAGCAACAACUUGAUAAAAAUAUGGCAAUAAACAUUUGGAAAAAUAAUACUUGGGGCACAUAUAGACACUUACCAUUGGAUAAUCUAGAAAAUGUGAAAUCAGAACAUUUAUUCGUAAAUACCACUUCUAGAGGAGAUUUGUCUACCAUAAAAUGGAUCGAAAGCAAUCUAAAAAAAGACAUGAUCGCUCCUCCUGAGAAAACAUUCGUUCAUGUUCAUUAUGCACCGCUCAAUUUUAGAGAUAUUAUGACUGCAACUGCGAAAAUAACUGUAGAUGUUAUUACAACGAAUAGAUUGGAACAAGAAUGUAUCCAAGGAAUAGAAUUUUCAGGAUAUACAUCAGAUGGAAGACGAGUUAUGGGAAUGGGACUUCACGGGCAGAUGUCAACUUUGAAUUUAGCGGAUGAAUAUUUACUUUAUGACGUUCCUGACACAAUGUCUUUAAAAGAAGCAGCAACAAUUCCUGUUGUUUACACUACUGUAUUCUAUGGAUUGUUUAUGAGAUCAAAACUAAAAAAGGGGCAAACUAUUCUUAUCCAUUCUGGAACUGGGGGGGUAGGACAAGCAGCAAUUAGAGUAGCGCUGUAUUAUGGCUGUACUGUAUUUACUACUGUUAGUACUGCCGAAAAAAAAGAAUUUCUUCUUAAAACAUUCCCACAACUUAAAACCGAGCAUAUUGGCAAUUCCCGAGACUUAUCAUUUGAGCAUAUGAUACGGAAAUAUACAAAAGGUCGAGGUGUGGAUGUAGUACUAAACUCUUUGGCUGAAGAAAAGCUUAUAGCUUCCGUUAGAUGUUUAGCACGCGGAGGAAAUUUUGUCGAAAUAGGAAAAUUUGAUUUUGGCAAGAAUAAUAUGCUCUCGAUGUCUCUUUUAAAAAAAGAUGCCACUUUCCAUGGAAUUAUGUUAGACGAAAUGCUAAAAUUGGGCCCUCAACAAAAGAUUGAAGUUGGUCAAUUUAUUAAAACUCAUAUGGGAAAAUGUAUUGUACCUCUGCCUAUUUCUUGUUUUGGUUACAAUCAAGUGGAAGAAGCUUUUAGAUAUAUGUCUACUGGAAAGCAUAUAGGAAAAGUAAUGAUACAAAUACGAGAAGAGGAGAAAGUACCACAAGCAGCUCCAGAAUACUUUGUCGGAUUUCCAAGAUACUUCUGUGACUCCGAAAAAACAUAUAUUAUUGUUGGAGGUUUGGGAGGUUUCGGAUUAGAAUUGGCAGACUGGUUAAUAUUGAAAGGGGCCAAAAAUUUAGUACUUACAUCAAGAAAAGGUCUCUCAACCGGAUACCAAAAAGCAAGAAUUAGAAUUUGGAAAUCAUAUGGUACAGUGGUACAUAUAUCACAGGAAGAUAUUUGUACUGAAGAAGGAUGUAGGAAUCUCUUAGAACAAGCUAAUAAACUAGGAGAUGUUGAUGCAAUUUUCAACUUAGCUGUUAUUCUAGCUGACUCAAUAUUUGAAAAUCAAACGGAAGAAACUUUUAAAACUUCACUUGGACCUAAAGCAGUAGCAACGAAUCAUUUAGACAAAUUAUCAAGAAUAUUAUGCCCAAAACUUAAAGAUUUCGUGAUAUUCUCAUCUGUAUCCUGCGGUAGAGGCAAUGCUGGACAAACUAAUUAUGGAAUGGCAAAUUCAAUUAUGGAAAGGAUAUGUGAACAAAGAAAAUCAGAUGGAUAUCCAGCACUGGCUAUACAAUGGGGAGCAAUUGGAGAUGUUGGUCUAGUAGCAGAAUUACAAGAAGAACAUAUUGACUUAGAGAUUGGAGGAACCCUACAACAGAAGAUCUCAUCCUGUUUGAACGUCUUAAAUAACUUUUUGAGACAUAGAGAUGUAACAAUAGUGUCCAGUGUAGUAGUCGCUGAAAAACGAAGCGGUUUAUCUUCUUGCGAUAAUGUAGUUGAUUCUGUCUUAAAUAUAUUAGGUAUAGCUGAUGCUAAAAUAGUCAGCCCUCAUGCGACUCUACCAGAACUAGGAAUGGAUUCAAUGACAGGAGUGGAAAUCAAACAAACGUUAGAAAGAGAAUUCGAAAUUUUCCUCUCUCUAAAAGAUAUAAAAUCGAUGACUUUAGCCAAAAUAAAAGAAAUUCAAGAAAAGAGAUGCUUAGAUGAAGAAGAAGAACCAGUAAAACCGGUAGAUAUUAUUGAUUGGGAGAUUUUCAAAGACCUUAACGCAAAGGAUCUAAUGUCAACGGAAGUAGUUUUGAAAUCGAAUCUAUCAGAAGAUACUGAUGGGCCAACAUUGCUCAUAUUUCCAGGUAUUGAGGGAUAUGGCAAACUUUUCUCGCAGAUGGCAACGCAUUUGAAUGCUCACGUAGUAGUAUAUCAAUAUUGGGAAAAAACUAAUUUCAAUACAGUUGAUGAAGUAAUCCUGUUAUUGUUACCGAAAGUCCUACAACGGCUUGAAAAAAAUAAAACGUUCAACAUAAUAGGAUUUUCUAUGGGAUCUAUAUUUGCUACAGAAAUUGUGAAGAAAUUGGAAUCUAUGGGCUAUACAGGAAAACUCAUAAUUAUUGACGGAGGUCCAACACUGAUGCAUCGAUUACUGCAUAAUUAUGAGGAUAAACCCGUUAUUUUUGAAACUGAGUUGAUUUGGAAUGUAUUGAUGUAUUUUAUAUCAAAGACUAUCGAUAUCAACGAAAAGAGAAGAAUAUUCCAAUGCAGUGAUUGGAAUGAUCGUUUAUUAAUAGCUGAAGAAAUUAUGAAAAAUGCUACUUGCUCUCCCGAAAUUAUAGCUUUUAACAAAAUGUUGAUGGAGGGAACAUACAAUAGAUACAAAGUAUGUCAGCAAUAUAUACAAUUUUCUGAUAAAUUGAAAUCAAAAAUAAUACUGUAUAAGCCAAGUAAACAAAUUUAUGAGGAUAUCGAAGAUGACCAUGGAAUAUCACAAAUAACCGACUCCCCAACAGAAAUAAAAGUUUUCGAAGGAAAUCACUCAAAUAUUAUAGACAAUGAAAUGUUAGCCAUGGAAGUGAGUUCUGUUAUCAAGAAUUAGAAUUAAUAAAGUGAUGAUCGAAACUAAAAAUAAAAUGAUUUGAGAAUAUGAAAAUAAUUUUAUAAGAAAAUAAAUUAGUACUUAUUUUAACACCUCAUUUUGGUCACACAGUGUAUUUCCAUAUGCGACAUCUACUUUAUUUCAGUUUUAUAGUGGAAAUAAUAAAUCUUAAUGUCACUUUGCAGCUUCUUAGACUAAUUAACACACUGUUUUUACUACCACUACACCAACACACACAAUUACACUGUCUGAUACGCGUUUCAAUAAACAAAUUAAAUACUGAAGGUGAACUGCUUACCUUCAGUCCCUGAAGGCGAUAACUAGGUUAUCGAAACGCUCGUGUAAUUAUGAGUGUUUGUGUAAUGAUAGCAGUAAACAGUGUAUUUCACUGUGAUUAUCACCAACGGUUCCAAUAAUUUCAACUGGUAAAGCUGCUUCUUUCACGGUUUCACAUCGCGAUAGUUUUUAAUGUUUGGUAUAUUCGAAGAUUCUUAAGUUAGCCAAUCGAAUUGUAUGAUACCCUUGUAUGAGUAGAAUAAAUUUUAUGUAUGUAAUUGACAAGUUAGAAGGAUUAAAUAAUAAAAAAUUAUGUUUAGAUAUCAACAAUAUGUAUGUCAUUUCAAUCUCAUUAAGCUUAGUAGAUAUAAUUUACAAUGAAUUCAUAUAUUUCAAAACCAUAAUUAAAAUAAAAGAUGUAUAAAACAAAA